CUUUCAUUUUGCAGUGACUUCCCCGGCUUCUUCUGUCCUCCCCAUCCCACUUUCUGUCGCUCCCUAGCUCCGGCGAGCGGCGGCGGCGGCGGCGGCGGAGACGGAGGCGGAGGAGCAGCACAACGCCGUAGACACAAAUCGCGAGGGUAUAUAUCAGCUAAAAGCAGAGGGAGACCCAACACGGAAGCUCUAAAGUAGCCCUCAAAGCUGACCAACCGAGCGCCCGCCGCAAUGCUAUCGCGCGCCGCCGCCAUCCGCCGCGGCGCUGCGGCGGCGUUCUCCACAGCCUCGGAGAAGCCGGAGACGGGGCUAUACGGCUUCGACGUGCUGCGCACUGCGAAGGGGUUCCGCCGCUUCGUGGACGAUGCCAUCCAGCGGUCGGACGAGCUAGUGGCACACGUCGCGCGGCUGCCGUCGUCCAUCGAGAUUGUCCGCACUAUGGACGAGAUUUCGAAUACAGUUUGCUCUGUCAUUGAUUCGGCCGAGCUGUGCAGGAAUACCCAUCCCGAUAGGGAGUUUGUGGAGGAGGCAGAUAAGGCGUCGAUGAGGAUUUAUGAGCAUCUUCAGUACCUGAAUACAAACACUACUUUGUACAAUGCUAUACUGAAAGCUGAGGGUGAAAGUGUCCUGCUCACGGAGGAGGCUCGAAGAGCAGCAACUACCUUGCGUAUUGACUUUGAAAAAGGAGGGAUUCAUCUUCCUGAAGAUAAACUUGAGAAUGCUAAUCAGCUGAACCUUGAGAUUGCCCAGCUGGGUAGAAAGUUCAAUGAAAAUGUAAUGAACAAACCAGGUUUUGUGGAUGUAUAUCCAGCUUCACGGAUUCCAAGGAAUAUGCAGCAUAUUUUCAAGUCUGUUUCCCGUUUUAAUACUAGCAAACAGAUGAACACUGAAAAGCAAAAAGGCCUAAGGAUUGUAACAGAAUCAGGAAAUCUAUCAUCAGCACUAAGAUGGAUUUCUGAUGAGGAAGUCAGAAAACAGGUAUACAUUGUUGGGAACUCUGAACCUCGUGAAAAUAUUGGCAUUCUUAAUGAACUUAUACAUGCUCGUGAUGAACUUGCAAAGAUUAUGGGAUGCAAAUCAUAUGCUGAAUUUGCUAUUCGUCCUAACAUGGCCGCAUCAGCCGAUGUGGUUAUGUCAUUUCUUGAAGAUUUGAGCAACAUUGUUAAGCAUAAAGCUGAAGAGGAAUUCAAGAUCAUACAAAAUUUCAAGAGAAGAACGUGUAAUGAAAAGAGCACCAAUCUAGAACCCUGGGAUGAGGAUUACUUCAUUGGAAUGAUGAAAUCAUCUGUAUAUGAUCUGGACGCUUCAGUCAUUGCAAAAUACUUUCCCUUGUCACAGUGCCUAAAAGGGCUAAAUGUUCUGGUUGAAUCAUUAUUUGGUGCAACAUUUCAUCAAAUUCCUAUGAGGGAUGGGGAGUCAUGGCAUCCAGAUGUGAUAAAGCUCUGUCUCCAUCAUCCUGAUGAGGGUGAUUUAGGAUUCAUGUAUCUUGACCUCUACUCCAGAAAGGGUAAACAUCCAGGAUGCGCUCAUUUUGCGGUCCAAGGGGGCCGGAGAUUAUCAGACUCAAACUACCAACUGCCGAUCAUCGCCUUAGUAUGCAACUUCUCACGUGCUUCUGGAAUAACUGCAAGGCUUAACCAUGGGGAUGUUGAAACUCUUUUUCAUGAGUUUGGGCAUGCCCUUCAUUCUCUGCUGUCAAGAACGGAAUAUCAGCAUUUCUCUGGUACUAGGGUUGCUCUUGAUGUGGCUGAAACCCCCUCAAACCUCUUUGAAUAUUAUGCCUGGGACUAUCGUGUCUUGAAGACAUUUGCUCUAGAUGAAACAACUGGAGAUGCAAUACCAGAAAAGCUGGUAAAGGCACUAAAUGCUUCUCGGAAUAUGUUUCCUGCUACUGAGCUCCAGAGGCAGAUCUUUUACUCUAUAAUGGACCUAACCUUGUUUGGGGAGCAAACAUCCAAGCCUAUGGACACGAUUUCCACUGUCGCUGAUUUGAGAAGGAAGCAUACAAGUUGGAAAUAUGCAGAAGGCACACACUGGCAUACUCGAUUUACUCAUCUCAUAAGCUAUGGUGCUGGCUACUAUAGCUAUCUCUAUGCUAGAUGUUUUGCCACAACUAUAUGGCAAGAAGUAUGCCAAGAAGACCCAUUGUCCUGCAGUGCAGGCAGUGCCAUAAGGAACAAAUUCUUGCGGUUCGGCGGGUCAAAGGACCCAUCAUCCCUGCUGAAGGAUUUUGCAGGUGAUGCCAUCAUUAGAAACUCUGGGAGUGGAAUAAUCCCUAACAUUGGUUCCUUAUGUAAAGAAAUUGGAUUGUGAAAUACCACGUGGGGGCGGAGGCUGGCGUCGUUCAGCUUUAGCUAACCUUGAAGGGGUAGAGUCGCUGGAGUUCUGAUGCUUGACCUCUCGGCAUACAUCGGUGGUGCUAGCGGAAGAGAUGAAGGUGAUAUAUUCUUCUGGGAUUCUUGGCAAGAUAAUUGGUUAUCCCUACAGGAUCCUGAUGUGAAUUGGGUUAUUCCCCUAGGCAUACGUUAUCUUCAUAGUUUCACCUGCGGAUGAUUUUGUAAUCUGUCAGUCAAAUUUUACUAGAGGUGACGCCAUGACGGUACCAUAUUACUCCCGUUCUCUGGGAUUUUUCCUUCAAUGCCUAUAGGUCUUCCUAGCUAUAACUCUGAUCCAUAAGAGUGAAAUGGGUGACCAGAAGAGUGUGAUUGAUACCUUGCUCGUUUCUUUUGAACAAGGAAAAGAUUUUGAAUGGAGCUCAGCUCUUUAUCA